AUGGGAGCAUCGACAAAGGAAAGCUCUAGUAGCAAGAGGAAGCCAGCAGAUCAGGGAGAGAAGAAGUAUGGAGGCAAGUCAGGGAGGAAGCAGAAAGUCUCAAGAAACUUUAUGGUAAGAGCCCAGGAGCAAGAACCAGUGAAAACUCAAGAACGGGAAGUGCAGGAGCGAAAGCAGUACUCAGGGCCGCUUUCGAAGUGCAAUAAGUGUAACUUCCAUCACAAGGGAGCUUGCCCAGUGUGCCAAAACUGUAAGCAAACAGGCCAUUACUCGAAGUGUUGUAAGGUGAAUAAGGAGGAAAAAAGGGCAUGUUACGAGUGCGGGAGUACUGAUCAUCUUCGCAGAGCUUGUCCCAAACUGAACAAAGGGCCUGGUAACAAUGGACAAGGCCAAGCCAGGCAGAACUUCCAAGGAAAUCAAGUUGGACGGCCAAGAGGUGUAGCCUUUGUGAUUGGUGCAGAAGAAGCUCGUCAGAACCCUUAA